AUGAGCGCGACCAGAGCAGCAGGAGACAUCACGAUAGGCACCCCCACCACGCUGAGGCCCACCACCACGCUGGACACCCCCACCACACUGAGGCCCACCAUCACGCUGGACCCUCCCACCACACUGGGGCCCACCAUCACGCUGGACACCCCCACCAUGCUGAGGCCCGCCACCACGCUGGACCCCACCACCACGCUGAGGCUGACCACGAUGAUGGACCCCACCGUCACGGUGGAUCCCCCCACCAUGCUGAGGCCCACGACCACGCUGGCCCCCACGACCACGCUGAGGCCCGCCACCACGCUGCCCUCCCCCACCACGCUGAGGCCCGCCACCACGCUGGCCCGCCACCACGCCGGCCCCCCCCACCACACUGAGGCCCGCCGCCACGCUGAGGCCGACCACAAUGAUGGACCCUACCACCACGGUAGACCCCACCACCAUGCUGAGACCCACCACCAUGCUGAGACCCACCACCAUGCUGAGACCCACCACCACGGUGGACACCAUCACCAAGAUGAACUUCACUACUAUAAAGAGUCCUACCUCCCUAGUGACCGUCAUCACCGCCAAGAGGCUUAUUAUGAGGGUGGGCCUCAUCACUAUCCUCCCCAAUAUGGUGGAUACCAUCAUCAUGAAGCCUAUCACAGAAGAUAUCCAUAUCACGGGGAGACUGAUCUCAACCUGCCGUAUAUGGAUCCCUACCAGCAUGGCACCCCUCGAUACCACGAUCACUACAGGGAGCAACACCAUGGGGAACACCAUUAUAUUCCACAUUAUUCUGAUUACCUCCACCAUGGCCACUAUGGGGAGCGCUAUCCUGUUCCCUCUCAAGCCUUCAGCUCAUAUAAGCCCUACGGCAUGACCAGGGCCUACCGAGCCUCCACCCAUUCUACUAAAGGAGUCAAAGCACACCCAAAGAGUUCAGCUUUCAGCUUGGUUCAUUCCUCGAGUACAACUCACUCACACGUCUCUCAGAGCUCCAGUAAAGUCUAUUCUCAGGAGUUCUCGAAGUCUACGGAAGACUGGACUUCAGACGAGCAAUAUCAGAAGCGCAAAAACAUCCUGAUGAAGAGGAGUCAUAAGAAGCACUCUACGGGCUUCUGCCAUUGGUUGUGGGAAAAAUUAAGUGGCAUGUUUCAGGAACUCCGGUACGUGCUCAGAAAUCUGACUGAGUCCCUGACCUUUGACGUCUUCAUCAUUUUCAUCAUCUUCCUCAACACUAUCAUGCUCGUGGCCCAGACUUUUGCUGAAGUUGAGGUCCGGGGAGAGUGGUACUUCUUGGCCUUGGACUCCAUUUUCCUCUGCAUCUACCUGGUAGAAGCUGUGCUCAAGAUCAUCGUCCAGGGCUUCAAGUAUUUUUUUGACUCCUGGAACAAACUGGACUUCCUCAUCGUGAUCAUGGCCCUGCUGGAUUUCUUGCUCCUGCAAUUCGAGGCCUUCUCCACUCGCUCUAUCUACAACCAAAGCAUCUUCCGGAUCCUCAAGGUCUUCAAGAGCCUGAGGGCUCUGAGGGCCUUCCGGGUCCUACGGAGGCUCAGAUUCCUGACCAGUCUCCAGGAAGUGGCCGGGACCCUGGCCCGCUCCUUGCCAUCCAUCACGGCCAUCCUCAUCCUCAUGUUUACCUGCCUCUUCCUCUUCUCCGUGGUGCUCCGGGCGCUCUUCCACCAGUUCGACCGCAAGCGCUUCCAGGACAUCUUCACCACCAUCUUCACCCUCUUCACCUUGCUCACCCUGGAUGACUGGUCCCUCAUCUACCUGGACAGCCGGGCCAAGGGCGCCUGGUAUAUCAUCCCCAUCCUCAUGGUCUACAUCGUCAUCCAGUACUUCAUCUUCCUCAACCUGGUCAUCGCUGUCCUGGUGGACAACUUCCAGAUGGCGCUGCUCAAGGGCCUGGAGAAAGUGAAGCAGGAGAAGGCCGCCCAGAUCCACGAGAGGCUGCUGGAAGACUCCAUGACAGAGUUCAGCAGAGCAGAGCCUGAAGUGGUGUUGGGUGAGCUCAUGCGACAGAGGCAGCUCCUGGAGAAGAACCUCGGAUCCCUGACUGAGAAGCAGCAGGAGCUCCUGUUCCAGUUCCUGCAGCUGACGGCCGCGGUGGAGCACCACCAGCAGAAGUUCCGCUCCCAGGCCUCUGUCAUUGACGAGAUUGUUGACACUGCGUUUGAGGCUGGAGAAGAGGACUUCAGAAAGUGACCCCCGAAGAGGGACCCAAUCCAGACCUCAGCCUCAGGGCCGCCCCCUGGGGUGGGGCGGGCAAUGAUGGUCUGGCCCGCAGGUGGGCUCCAACAGAGUUUUCAA